UCAUAUUACUGCAUCAUCACUUCAAAACUGUUUUAUUUCGGUCUGAGCAAUCGUUUCAAUAAUUGAAAUAAAAUAUCUUAGACGAUUCUCUUCAAUAGUUUCGUUGAUAUGGAGAAUGAGACUUCAGUUUGAUACCAAUUUGAUUUUCAUUUGAUAUUUUACAGUACUGCUAUUAUUUUUAAAUAUUAGAAAUGCAUCGCUUAAUCAUUUUAGUUUUGAUGUGUGCUACUGGACAAAUAUUCUCAAAGUCCAUACAAAAUACAACAUCGUCGGAUGAAGAAUUAAUGGAAAAACGAAUGGAAUUAAUAGAGAAUAAAAUAGCUUCUCUAGAAAAUGAAAGAAAAACUAAACCAGUAUUAUUCUACGCAAUUGUAAACGGAAGGCAAUUCACUCUGAAUACUGAUUCUACGAUUGUGUUCGAAACUGUCGUCAUAAACGAAGGAGACCAUUACAACAAAAAUGACGGUGUAUUUGUGGCUCCACAAGAUGGUAUUUAUAUGUUUUCAUGGACAGUAUCAACGAUAGAUGCAAACUGGUUAAUGACCGAGUUACUAGUGGAAGACACAGUUAUAUCGUCUACAGGUGUAAGAGAUGUUGACUCGGGUUCUCGUUCCUCUGCGUCAAUGACAGCCUUUUGUCGGAUGAAGAAGGACGAACACGCCUUCGUGAGAACAACUGGUUCAAGUGGCAGCAAUUUUAUCUACAGUUAUGAUAAUCAACCACGAACAUCCUUCCUUGGAAUAAUGAUUAAUGUAGAUUGAAACACGAAAUCCUUAUGUGAAUGCACUUCAUACAAAAUAUAGAAACGGAUAUAUAAUAUUAAUGUGGAAAAAAUUCGGACCGAAAACGUGCUUUGAAUAUGAAUAACCAAAUUUUGUCAAUUGUACUGUAACAUUAAAUGCUAUUA